CAUUAAUUCGUAACUGUCCGCUUGACAUCUUGUGUAUUUAGACGAUUGGUUAUUAGGACGACCUCGGUGACUGGUUACCGUUAAUUUUAUGAAGAAGUGGUGCCAGUUUUGUUUUCAUAUCGAAAGAUAAAAGUACACACAUAAUUUUACAUCGUUACAUGGCUUCAUUGUUGAGGUGGUCGGAUAGUGCGAGACCUGGAAAGGCACCAAAAAGACUGUCUCGCACUUCCGACCAAGUUACAGAAGCAAAGAAAAAAUACGAGGGCAAGCGCGUCAGAGAGUUCAAAACCCAUUGGAUGGACGGUCGUCCCUGGCUCAAGUAUGAUAAUGAGAAUUCCGUUAUGUAUUGUACAUACUGUAAGGAGCAGGGAAAGGGAUGGAAAUUCGUAUCUGGGUGUACGAAUUUUAGGAUUGACACCAUCCAAAAUCAUGAAGUCAGUUCGCCUCACAUCAGUGCAACAUCUGUUGCCGAGAGGCCACUUCCUCAGAAUUCACUGGCUGCAAAGGCCAUUAACUCUAUAAAACAAACUGAAUAUGACAGACUUAGCAUUCUCUUUCGUAAUGCCCAUGCUGUUGCUAAACAUCAUCUAAGCUUUAAAACUUAUAAUGUUAUAUGUAAACUGGAUCAAGUUAAAGGUCUUGAUGUUGGCAAUAGCUACCUGAAUGACAAAAAGGCCUGUGAAUUUGUCAAAAAUAUAGCCAGUGUUUCCAGAAAUGAGACCAGAGACCUUUUGAAAAAAACACCAUUUCUGAGCCUCACCUGUGAUGGGUCAUCUGACUUCAUGGGGGAUGAAUAUGAGUCAUUGUGGGUACGAAGUGCCCAAAAUGGAAAGAUAAUUGAAAAGUUUUUAGAUUUGGGUACUGCUGAAUCUGCAGGAUCUCAGGACAUAUUUAAUUACAUGAAAGCUGUUUGCUUUGAAAAUUCAGAGGACAAUACCAACCAACUGUGGAGUAAACUUAUUGGCUUUUGCUCAGACGGUGCAUCAAACAUGCAAGGUAUAAGAAAUGGUGUGGCUGCUUUGAUGAAAAGAGAAAACCCAGAAAUAGUUGUUACUCAUUGCUUGGCUCACAGAGUUGAGUUAAGCUUUAAGGAUGCUAUUAAGUCAUCUAAAUUGUAUGAUAAAACCAUAACUCUUCUUCUUGGUCUUUACUACUUGUACCGCAGAGGUCCCAAACAGAAGAAAGCCUUAAAACGAGCUUUCAGUGCACCUAACAUGACGAAAAUACUUCCAACCUGUGUAGGAGGAACUCGUUGGAUGCCACACAUGCUUAGAGCAAUAAAUGUUAUUAUCAAAGGUUACAGGGGAUUUAAAGCUCACCUAGAAAGUGCUUCACAUGAAAAUCCAAAAGCUGAAGGACUUGCCAAAAUUCUAACUGAUGUAGCGGUUGUCACAUUCAUGUUAAAUUUAAAGGAAAUCAUAUCACCUUUGAACAGACUAUCCUUGAUUCUGCAGAAACAGAACCUAACAUUGUAUAAUGGACAUGCACAGAUCAAAGCAACUACAGAAGUUCUAAAAAUAUGCAAACCAAAGUAUGGGGACCAUGAGAUUCAUCUUGUAAAGAAAAAUCUCAAGUCCACCUUAAUAAGGUCAGACAUGGAUAUAGAGGAAGUUAACACAGAGUGGGCCAUUUUGAAAUCUUUAAUAUAUCAAAGGUACAGUAACAGACUUAUAGAUGGUGCCUUGACAUGGGGAUCUGUGUUUGAAACAUUCAGGGAUGGCCUUGACAAUAUAAAGCUUGUUAUAGAUGCUCUGCUCAGUCUACCACCAACAAGUGUCAAUAACGAAACUACAUUCAGCAGAACCAAACUCAGCAAAGGCAAGAGGCGGGGUCAUUUGAAGACGGACACAUUGAAGGACUUGAUCCAAGUCGAAAUUGAGACUGCUAAUGUUGAGCAGUUUGACCCAAAGCUGGAUGAUUACCCCUUCAGACAGAAGAAGGAGAGUUGGCUAUUCCAGACCAUCACGGUUAACCGAGACACUCCAAACAAACACAGUCGACCAAGAAACUGUUGUGGUUGGUCAUGAUGAGAUUGAUACACCAGCUGCUGGUCAAGACAUCCAGAUGAUUGUUAUCAACCAAGAAGAAGAUUGCAGUACAGAUGAGGAUGAGGACAGUGGUGAAGAAAGUGAAGAUGAAAAUGAACUUGCUGAACAGGAGUUGUUCAGCAAAUUGAAAAAAAUCAUGAAAAAUUAUGAAGAAUAAAUAUAUAAUCAAUUGAUAUAAGCUUUCUUCUAUUUUUGGUCUGCAUCAGAAAGGGUGAUCUCUUUAACUUUCCAAAGUCAAAUUUGAAUAAACAAUAUGUGAUGGCAAGGGGUUUAUAUCUACAUGUAUACAUUUAAUUUACAUUUACAUGUUUGUCUUCAAUUCAAAGAAUGGAGUCAGUUUUGUCAACAGUUUUGAGAAGGUUUUUAUUGAAGGAAAGUAGAAUUUUUCAUAUAAUAUGGAGAAAAAACUCUACAUUUUUGACAAGAUUUAUACACAAAAAUGUAACCUCAGAAUGCAGGAUUUUACAUCUAAUAUUCCAAAAUUUUCUUGGGGGGGGCAUGCCCCAAAACCUCCCUAGCUGGUUCGGAUCACUUCGUGAUCCUCACCGGGGACACAGAUUUUAUCCGGUCCAGUACAUAUAAAUUCAGGCUAGUAUUUUUUUUUUUUACUACCCCAUAGGGCUAGUUAUUCAAAUAGUUUUUGGCACAGACUGUAAACAAACAACAACCACUGCAUGUCUGUACUCUAACUAUUUAUACAGAAAAGAAGAUGUGGUAUGAUUGCCAAUGAGAUAACUCGCCACAAGAGACCAAAUUGACACAGAAAUUAACAACUAUAGUUAACUUUAGAUUGCCUUAACCAAAUGUUAGUAAACUGUUAUACAAUGCUUAUUACCA